AUGGCGGCUACUCUUGCAUCGGAGAUUGAACAUCUCAAGAGUCUCCGCGCGGUCCGAGAGCGCUCACGGAUCGUCUUAGAAGCGGCCCGAAAUGGGGGCCUCAACAACUUUGUGCUUGACGAGGGCCGGAUGAAAGAGACGGCAGAAUUCGUCGCCGGCGUCAUUUCGCGAGACUUUGGCCCCGAUCGAUACGCUGAGAUUCCGCCUCAUGGAAGGUGGGAGCAUUUCAGCGUCGGAGGCAUCACCCGGCUGGAAACCUUGGUCCAGAAAUGGCAAGACAGUCAAGCGGACGACGUGGAAAUCACGCGCCGCCUCAUCGACCUCUUCUUCGUGUCUGUGCUGCUCGAUGCUGGCGCGGGUGACACUUGGGCCUUUCGGGAGCCUGGCAGCGACGAGGCGUAUGGGCGAAGUGAAGGCAUCGCCGUAGCCUCGCUGUACAUGUUUAACGACGGAGCCUUUAGUUCAGCCACAGAUGGGAACAAGGCUACAGUAGAUGGACAUGGUCUCGGCAAGCUCACCGAAGACGCCUUCGUUCAUCACUUCCAAAUCAGCCCCCAGAAUCCAAUGGUGGGUGUUGCAUCGCGAAUUGAGCUGCUCAACAACUUUGGAAAGUCUCUUCUUUCUAUUCCGGAGAUUUUCGGGGAAACUGAUUACUUACUCAAGGAUGGCAAGGACAAGGAGCUCAACUAUGAAGCUCUCUGGAGCAUCCUCCAGCGCAUUCUCCUCCCUGCGUGGCCAUCAAACCGCCCACGCAUCAACGACCAGCCGAUUGGAGACGCAUGGCCUCUUCGCGUGCUUCAGGAAAAGUCUGGCAAUGGCGAAAACCCAACUGCCGGAAUCCAUCCGUUCCACAAGCUGACCCAAUGGCUUGGAUAUUCCCUCACCGUGCCGUUUAUGAAGGUUUUGAAGCUGAAAUGGAUCAACAUUGAAACGGGAACCGGCCUGCCCGAAUACCGCAAUGGAGGACUGUUUGUCGACAUGGGCGUUUUGAAGCUGAAGCCCGAAGUGCUCAGCAAAGGAAUCGAGGCUUCCGGCCAAGCCUUGCCGCUCUUCUCGUCCACCGGAGAUGUGAUUGUGGAAUGGCGAGCCAUGACGGUGGCUCUCCUGGAUGAGCUGCAUAAGCUCGUCAAUGAUAUCUUGGCACCACAGGGGGUCUCCCUCUCUCUUCCUCAACUGCUGGAGGCUGGGUCUUGGAAGAGCGGCAGAGAGCUGGCGGCCAAGCAUCGACCGGAGACGAGAUCCAGCCCGAUAUUGAUUGAUGGAGAUGGAACUCUUUUCUAA